AUGAGUUUCCAGAGCAGUCCAGAGCACUUCAUGGAGCCUCUCCCUCUCCGUCGUGACGAGCCCUUCCAUCCUCUAUGCUUCUCUCGUUCCCAGCGCCGCCGCCACAGACACCGUCCUGGAAGAGUCGAUCUCUUCAAGAACUCGAACUUCUAUUACUUGACCACUGAUGGGAAGCUAAUGAAACAGAUCGAUGCCCUUAGGGCGAAGUACCCCCAUCAUCCUAUCAACGAGAACAGGGAUUAUGCAGCAGACAUCCAUGCUAUCGUCGCAUGGCUGAAGGCUGGAAGACCAGCACAGAGAGAACCGGGGCAGGCACAAGAGAAGCAAGGAGAAGUACUGGAUGAAGAGUUCCUCUCGGCCAUGUCUGCACCUAUGAACAUGACUGAAAUCGAGCGUCCAUCAGCUGAUCUGAUUGAGCUCUUGACUCCUGAAUCACAUGUGCCUGAAGACAGUCAGUAUGUUAGCGAGUAUGAAGACUUCCCAGUCACUGACCAAGCAUUUACUCUCAGGUCACCCAGGUACAACCUGUUGAGAACCUCUUCAUGUCGUCACUACCAUGGUGGAUCGCACCAAGGAGAAUGGGCUGUCGACGAGUCGUCUGCCAUGCCCUCAAUUACGAGAGAUGUUGAGUCAAACAACGAUGAGUCGAACGAUGACGAGUUGCGCGAUGAUUUGUUUCUCUUGGUUGCAGGCCUGGUGUUCAUUUUUGUCUUCUACGCGUAUGUCUUUUUCUUGCUAGGCUUGCUCGAACAUUUCACGAGAGGUUAA